AUGCUUGCUUGUUCCUGUGCCCAUGGUCACACGGGUCGUGAACCAGACGCUGAACAUCCUCAUGCAGAUGCCAAAAGACGUUUUGGUCCCUCGAAUCCUGGUUCACGAAAGUCCUCACCGGCCCUGUAUCUUCUCAGUUAUCUGAUCACAUGUUUGUCCCAUAUCACCCAUGCCGUUUGCCCUGAGUUUCAAGUGCCUAAAUUACCUCCGUUAGAUGUGGUCGUGGACGCCUGUCUGAGGUCAGAUUUCGAUUCUGCUCAGUGGGAAAGGUCGAUUCACUCAUCCAAACUUGCCGACUCAUCUAUCCCGGGUUCGGAUGCAGUUCGUCGGAAACGAUCUCGAUGGGAUCCAGUUCCGAUUCACGAAUCUGGUCCCCGUUCAAACACAGACGGCUCCGGUUGUCUAUUGUUAGACAGUACUACUGCAGUUAGUAUUGUGGCAGCUUCUCUCCUGUCCGACGCACGCUGGCCUACCGAUGUUCCGUCAAACACGAAGCUACCGCCGGAAGCCAUGCACAAUCUGCUCCUUCUGUUUCUCAAUUCCGGUUUGGCAUUCUUCCCCACUCAAAUCGAUUGGCUCCUUCUGCGUGCCGAGGUGGAGUUUCAUUUGAAUCGUCCACGUGCGGCCCUGAUCACCUAUUUGGAAGCAUGCGCGAUUGUACUUCGAAUGGUUCGCAUUUGUCAGUCACUGGGUCUGAUGGGCGAAGCGGUUGUCCUCUGUCAACUCGCUCCAAAUGGUGCUCUGAUCGAACUCGGACUGCAGUUGAUCACAUCCGUGCUGGAACCGUACACCACUGGCUCUCAAGCACCUGAUGCAAACGGUACUCAACCGCCAACCGGGGAUCCUACAAUUGGACCGCCAGACGCACCCGGUUUUACCGCACCAUCUUCCACAGUGUCUACAGGGAACGUGGUAACAACAACAACAACAACGGCACCGUCAGCAACCCACGGUUCCGCAUCCCGAUCCCGGUUUCCCAUUAGCACACGGCUUACGGAACGACCACGUGGUGCUUGCGGUGGAUUUUUGACCAAAAGUUCGUGGGAUUGUUUGGAUCCGUUGAUUGAUUAUGUGUGGGAUAUUCAGUUGCUGGAAACACUGUCUUCCAGUGCCCGGAUGCAAGGUGCACUCAGUGUACAAGCUCGAGUCAAUGCCUCUUUGAGUUUACCCGAGCUGAAUGUGAAUAAUCGAGACGAAAUUCUCCGUGAAAGUGUGGAAGCGCGCACCCUGGACUUUCUUCGUUGGAUGGCUGACCAGCAUUUUUAA